AAAUUGACAGGUUUUAGACAAUCUUUAGAGAUUUUCUGCGGAUCUAACCUGCAUUUUUGGUUGAUUUCCGGUUGCUGUCAAAUUGAGUUGCAAAUUUCCAUGCAUUUUAACUUUCAAAAUGAUGGAAAUAAACUUAACACGUGUGGAUUAUACACAGGUUGGUGUAACAUCUCCCAAAAGUUUGAGUUUACUUCCAGUGUCUGGGAAAACACAAAAGAUAGCUGUAGCUGAUCAUAAGGGGGUUUUACAAGUGUUUGGUCUCAAAAAGGGUGAAGUUCAGUCAGUGUUCAAGACUCAGCCAGGGCAUAAAAUCAGCCGUUUGGAACUAGGGGGACCAGUAGAUGGAGUGAGGGAAAGAAUUUUUGUUGCCUCCGGUCCAGAGGUGAAAGGUUACACAAAGAAGGGCAAGAACUUCCUAUCAUUUGACACUAACAUGUCAGAAUCUAUUGAAUCAAUGUAUGUUGAGGGUUCUGACCUGUUUUGUUGUGGGAAGUUUAUGUACAAUCACUACAGGGACUGUAAGGAUACCAAUUUUUUCCUGUCUGGUGAUGAAGUGAGUGAUGUAAUAUGCCUACCUACAAAUGUAGUACAGGAUAUUACCCCAAUACUUGCCUGCCAGGACAGGGUGCUUCGAGUGUUACAGGAGAAUGAAUUACUCUAUGAAGUAGAAGUACCUGGCCCACCUGUUACCAUGUCCUUAUAUGGAAAUGAUGGAGGUGAGGAUGGUACUGAAAUACUGUUUGGUACAGCUGAUGGCAGAGUUGGUCUUGUCCAUAUUGGAAGGACUUUAAUGAGCUGCAGAACUCGUAUGUACUGGGAAAAAAACAGAAGAGAUCAGCCUAAUCAUAGAUGGGAACUGCCCAAUGACAAGCGUAAUGGUGGUGUGUUAUGUAUUGAUAAUUAUGACAUCACAGCAGACGGUGUCCUUGACCUGAUUCUAGGACGGGAUGAUGGCCUGGUAGAGGUGUACAGUUAUGAUGACUCAGAUGAGCCUAUCCAUAGACACACACAUACAUGUAGUGAGAGUAUAACAUCUGUACAAGGUGGGAUAGUUGCAAGUGGAGGAUAUGAUGAAAUUGUCUGCUCAACAUAUGCUGGUUGGAUACUUGGCCUGACAACAGAGAUUAAACAGAAAAAAGCUGGGCCAGGUGCUGCCAUCUUGACCGCUGAGGGUAGAGAUAAGAUUGUUGGACUUAG